UCUCUCUCUAUAUAUAUAUAUAUAUAUGUAUGUAUAUCUGUAUUUGUAUGUAUGCACGAAGAUAGGAAGCCAAUGAAUGGUCACCAUCUCAGUAUCGAAUUUGAUUUGUUGAUGAGCAUUAAAUAUUUAUCAAGUGUUCCAUAGUUUAUAAUCAGUUGAAUCCUUAAGUUAUUCUUGAAAAUUGUUAUCAAAUUUUAUCUUCUUUUUUUUCGUUAGUUUUUUAUUGAAAUAUUUGUACCAAAAAGUUGUGAACUUUCAGGUGUAUGCAUAUUUUAUGAAGAAGGGGGAAAAAAAAAAAUUAUUAGAGGAUUAUAUUGGCUAAACCAAUUCCUAAAAGGGGAAUUUUUUUGAAUAUUUUGGGUAGUUCUCCAGCUGCCAUGUGAGUUGAAACUGUUAGUUUGAGUGUUGAAAAUACCUGAAUGGAGUGGUCUCUUGGAUCAAAGCAAGAUGACCAAGGGCCUUCUUGUUUCAUGUUUUUUGUUUUCUAGAAUUUUGAACACAUAACAACAGCUUGGCACUUGUUUUUGUUUUUAAAUUUUUUGAAGUUUGCCUUAACAACAAGAAAAGGUCUUUCUUUUUUUCUUUUUUUUGUAGAAGCCAUGGAAAACUUGUAACACAACCAAAUAAUACCCGAGUUGAAAUAAAUCCGUGUGCGUGUGAACAUUUGAGUUUAUUUUUAUGUUAGUGGACCUCCUACCAUUACCGUAGGGGUCGCAAACCAGUGUCGUGUCUCUUUUCUCCGAUCCAUGUUUGUGUAGAGCAGUAAAUUUACCAGGGUUGGUAACUAGUACAUUGUAUGUGGGCUACAGCACUUUUGAACAUUGUUUGAUCUAUUCCAACUGAUAUACUAAUUCUCAUUUUGUCAUUUCAUAAGCUCUUUAUACAAUGUUAUUGAAUGUAGUAUGGCCCUUGAUUUAACUAAUCUAAUAUCGAUUUGGAUUUUAAUAUUUCAAGUGGAUUUUGCUUCAUCUAUUCAAGAGAUUAAACGAUGCAAGCCAAUGAAAGCACCACUGCCAUGGAGAUUGAAAAACCUACAUCUCAACCAAAGCCUGUAAAUUUUCCAUCAAAGCCAAAUUUUGAGCCUUUGAAAGCUCACGAGAUAUCUGAAGGUCGAGUUCAGUUUCGGAAGGUUUCUGUUCCGCCUCAUCGGUACACGCCCCUCAAGAAAGCAUGGAUGGAAAUCUACAAUCCAAUAUAUGAUCAAAUGAAGAUUGAUAUCCGUAUGAAUCUCAAAGCUCGCAAAGUUGAAUUGAAGACCAAACCAGACACGCCCGAUAUCAGUAACCUACAAAAGAGUGCAGAUUUUGUCCACGCAUUCAUGCUAGGGUUUGAUGUGAUAGAUGCUAUCGCACUCCUGCGUAUGGACGAGCUUUAUGUUGAAUCCUUUGAGAUCAAGGAUGUGAAAACCCUUCGAGGUGAGCACCUGUCUCGUGCGAUCGGUAGGUUGUCUGGUAAAGGAGGGAAGACAAAGUUUGCCAUUGAGAACUCGACAAAGACGCGGAUUGUUAUUGCAGACACCAAGAUUCAUAUAUUAGGUUCUUUUGCCAACAUUAAAAUUGCAAGGGAUUCGCUCUGUAGUCUCAUUUUAGGGUCCCCCGCUGGGAAGGUAUAUUCAAAACUUAGAGCAGUCACUGCCAGAUUGGCAGAAAGGUUUUGAUCGUCAUAUUUACCAUUGUUUUGGGCUCUGUCCCCUAGUUAUAAAAUUUCGAAAUGUGGUGUAGAUUUAAGAAGUUUGUCGAAUGUGUGAGUCCUUGAGCAGAACUUGAUUUGAUUUUUGCUGCCUAUAUCCAAAUAUGGCUCUGUUUGCAAUUUUAGGUUUGGGCAUCAUUGUAUUGUCGUGGAUUUUUUGAUGUAAACCUUUGCUUAUCAAACUAAACAACAGAAGUUCCAUUGAUUUUGAUUUUCAUGAACUUCUUU